GCCUAGUAGCGCGAACCUGUCCUUUACUUGUCGUACGCCGGGUAAUCCAUCCAUUCUGCUGCUUUUUUAAUAUUUCCAGUUCACCCUGUUCAGUUUGACCCUUCUCAUUCUUCUUCACAUCCCAGUUUUAUCGGCCGCUUAGUACUCCCCCUGUGCAACUCCCAAGGCUUUCUCUCGACGCUUGAAGUUCGAUUGAAGACAAUCGCUCUUGUCCCCAUUGCAAACAACCGUCAUCAUCUCGUGAUCCCUUAGGCGACGAAGCCCCCAGCAUCCCUUGGUCAGGGCCCCUUUCAGCACUCCCCAAGGUUAGAGAUGUCUUCUGCUUCAGCCGAGCUGGCCACUGGUGGUCGCAAGCUCGAGAAGAAGCCCGUCAAGUUUAGCAAUUUGUUACUCGGUGCAGGAUUGAAUAUGUUCGAGGUCACCACUUUGGGACAGCCGCUGGAAGUGAUCAAGACGACCAUGGCCGCGAAUCGAGGCGACAGUUUCGGGAGCGCUAUGGGUCGGAUAUGGGGUCGUGGCGGGAUCCUCGGUUAUUAUCAAGGUCUCAUUCCGUGGGCCUGGAUUGAGGCCUCCACCAAAGGCGCCGUCCUCCUUUUCGUUGCGUCCGAGGCGGAGUUCCGUGCUAAGGUGCUCGGCGCGCCCGACUUCCUCGCCGGUAUCUCGGGGGGUAUGGCCGGAGGUAUUGCCCAGGCAUAUGCCACUAUGGGCUUUUGUACCUGCAUGAAGACAGUCGAGAUCACCAAGCACAAGAUGGCUGCCCAAGGUGUAAAGCCUCCGAGCACCUUCGCGACAUUCAUGGAUAUUUACCGCAAGGAGGGCAUUCGUGGUAUCAAUCGCGGUGUCAAUGCAGUUGCUAUCCGUCAGACUACGAACUGGGGCUCCCGAUUCGGUCUUUCUCGCCUGGCAGAAACAGCAAUUCGUAGGGUGACUAACAAGGAAGAAGGACAGAAAUUGAGUGCAAUGGAAAAGGUCUUGGCCUCCGGUCUCGGUGGUGGUCUAUCUGCUUGGAACCAGCCUAUUGAGGUCAUUCGUGUUGAGAUGCAGAGCAAGAAGGAUGACCCCAACCGCCCUAAGAAUUUGACCGUCGGCAAAACUUUCAAGUAUAUCUACGAAUCCAACGGUCUGAAGGGCCUUUACCGUGGAGUUACUCCUCGUAUAGGACUGGGAAUCUGGCAGACCGUCUGCAUGGUGGCUCUUGGUGACAUGGCCAAGGAAGCAGUCGAAAAACUGACGGGCGAGCAAGUCACCGCCAAGCACUAGAGAAGGUUUGAGAUACCCUUCUGCUAUGCAUGGCCUGGGGGUGCUUGAGAGAUUGGGUCUUCCCCUAUUCAUCACAUCAGACAGACAUGGUUCGGUGGGUUAACAUCAACGAUCCACACAUGCAUGUAAUAUUGAGCAAUGAUCUUUGGACCAAGUCCAUGCUUCUCGAGUGUCAUAUUUCCCUUUUAUAGUAGUACUUGUUAAUGAUAAUCGAAUUUCACGGUAAUGGGUUUGCCUUCUGACGAGAUGUUUUACGAUGUUGAGCGAAGCCGCAGAUCGCGAUAUGUGAUGGCUUAUUUACUCCCAAGCUUCAAGUUCUGUGACCCGAGUUCCUUGUUUUGAUAGUUGCC